AUGAACGGCUGGGACAGGUAGGAGCUUCCUGUCUUGUGUGACUUGGAGGGUUGAGCCCAACAGUAGUCAAACUCAGAGCGGAUCCACAGAAACCGGAAUGUGGAGCUCACUCCUCCCAGGAAUGGCCCCCAACUUGGAUGGCUUUAAAGCAGAUUCAUGGAGAAGGAGGAGGCGAUCAAUGGCUGCUAGCCACGGUCGGAGGGAGCAAAUGCUUUUCAGGAGACCAGAGGGGCCCGUGUGCUCAAAUCCGACUUGGGGUUUCCCACAAUGGGCAUCUGGUUGGCAACUGUGAGAAGAGGAUGAUGGACUAGAUGGGCUUGAUCCAGCAGGCUAUUCUUAUUUUCUUACUGACGGACUUGACUGUGUAAGAUCCAUUAAUUUCAGUGGGUCUUCUCUGAGGAGAACUUAGUUGGUGACAACCCUUGAGGAUGAGGAUGAUGAUUUUAAGAUGUCACUGUGGCCUGGUGUCUGGAAAAAAAGGAAAAUGAUAAGAAUUGGUUCUGGUGACUAAAGCUGGACUCUCCCAUUCUGUUUUUUCCAAGGCAAGGUACCACAGUUGCUGGAGGGCAAUCCGCAGGGACCAGCCCUAGCUUCUUGUUCCCCCAGAAACAUUAAGCUGCCCUGAUAAAGGACUUAGGCCCCAAAUGUAAGAAUCAGCCUGUUGGAUCAGGCCAAGGGCUCGUCUAGUCCAGCAUCCUGCUCUUGCAGUGGCCAGCCAGAUGUUCACUAUGGGAAACCCAAAGCAGGACCCCAGUGCAACAGCAGCAGGGUUCGAAAAUAACCAGGCACAUUUUGCAGCUGGCUUUUGACCACUUGCGACCAAGUGAAUUUGCCAGGAUGCUUCCUGACAUCUCCACCAUCUGGAGGUGCAUGCCUGGGGUUUUCACACACUAAUACCCAACCUUGUAGAAUUCUAUCCAUUAUAUUUUAUCUGUACAAUCGGAAUAAAUUUCAGGAACGAAAAUGCUUUUUCAGUGCAGCCUGAGCAGGAGCAGUGAACCAUGUUAUAGUGAAUUGUUGUCACUUGUCUUGGCUUCCCCCACUGCCCUGCUCAGAGUUGGGAAGAAUAUUCCCACAUCAUGAAUGGUCUGAGUAACCAUUAAGAAAAAGAGGUUGGAACAGGCCAGUAUAUAUGUGAACUGGAUAAAGUGACUUUUCUUCUUUUAAGUUCUCAAAGCUCUUAACCUGGCUCAAGGUUGUCCUCUGAACUAGCCAGAUGUUUAACUGAGAAUCAAUCACAGUCAGUCCAUCAUUUGGAAAAUCAGACUUUAGAGCCGACUUACCCCAGAAUGGCAACUAGACAUUUCGUUUUGGCGACUGUGACCUUGGUCUAUGGCAGGGGGUCAGCAAACUUUUUCAGCAGGGGGCCGGUCCACUGUCCUUCAAACCUUGUGGGGGGCCGGACUAUAUUUUUUGGGGGAGGGGAAUGAACGAAUUCCUAUGCCCCGCAAAUAACCCAGAGAUGCAUUUUAAAUAAAAGCACACAUUCUACUCAUGUAAAAACACACUGAUUCCCAGACCGUCCACAGGCCAGACUGAGAAGGCGAUUGGGCCGGAUCUGGCCCCCGGGCCUUAGUUUGCCUAACCUGGUCUACGGAGCCAUUUGGCUCCUAGCUUAUAUAUCUGAGUUUCUAACACUGAACAGCAGCAACUCUCCCCACUUGCAACUCCCAGCAACAGUAGAGGGAGAACAUAAGUGACUGUGGCUGGUAUCUGCUGAUAAGUCUUGUCCUGUGCAGAUUUGUCUAACCCGCCCCCUAACCUGCAAGGGGUUGGAAUAGAUGACCCUUGGUGCCUUCCAAUUCCACAGUUCUGUGAUUCUGUUAUUACAACCAAGCGAAAGGACUACCAUGCUGAGGGGCAUUGCCUGGGAGAGAAGAGGUGUGGCCUGGAAAAAGAGAGAGUCCUCAGGGCUGGACAGUGGGUCGCAUUUGCCCCCAAGGCCCCCCACCCCAAUCUCUAGAGGCAGUAGCUGUGCAUCACAAGCAUAUGAACUCACUCCUAGGGGCUGAGGUCCCUUCGAGUCCUCACAAUAAAAUAUUUGAGGGGCUAAGGCCCCCCAAAGUUGAUGGGCAUUGCCAUUCAAAUGGUAUGUGUGAUCAAUUAUGGCGGGGGGCUUACCUGCCCCCCUACAAACAAUCUGGGGUAUGUGGUGGCACAGUUAGGAACGGGCAGUAACUCAUCUGAUACAGCCAGGAAAACCUUGGAGACUGUUUAAGGGGCAGCCUUUAGUUAGGAGCACAACCAGUUCUUGCAAUUCUCUGCCAUGGGAAGCAGCGAAGGAGGCAAAUUGGUGGCAGAGAGGAAUUCAAACAGCCCCUGAGUUUUGGAGUUUAAGAUCAGUUGCCAGGGAGGGCUGGUGGUGCUCAUCUCCUGUUUGCAGGGUUCCCCCGAGACAUCUCUGGCUGGGCGCUGAGGGAAUCCGGACGCUGCUUGAUGCGACAGACCUAUAUUCCUGCAUUGCAAAAUCUGUGUGUGAGAGAGCAAGAGGCAGGAAUAGGAAGUCCACCCUGUAUUGUUUGAGGUGUGCGCAGCCUAGUUCCCUAUGCAUUCCCUCCCUCUCUUUCUCCCGCUGGCAAACAAGGCCACUUGAGACCGGGUGUUGCAGUGAAAUUGCCAUGAUCCGUAAGUGACCCAGGUAGGGCUGGACCCGUAAAAUGCAGGUGGCUGGUCCGUGGUGUGUAGGGAAGCCUCUCUGCUUGCUCCCAGAUGCUCUCUUCUCCACCUGACUUUGAGCAAGGAGGACCUAACCCCAUAGCAUAGCUGUCAACUUUUCCCUUUUCUUGCAAGGAAUCCUAUUCGGAAUAAGGGAAUUUCCCUUUUAAAAAGUUGGCAGCUAUGCCCCAUAGGUAUGUAAGGGGGCAAGUCCUUGCCCUUUCCUACCAGCUGCCAAAAGUCAACAGGUGGAAACUUGAGGUGAAACCUGACUUCCUUGGCUAACGCUACACUUGUUGGACUUGACGCCUGCAAUGGGACUCCCUGUAAGAAAAAGCGGCAUCAAACACGACCUCCUUCUCCCCGUAUCCACUGCCUGGCUUCUGCGUUGUGGUCAUAUAUGAGUGUGACCAAGAUGAGGACCCAGCCGCAGACCCUUGUUUUUAGUAGUUGAAGUUCCCAUUUUCUUCCCUUUGUGUAAAGGAGAGGGAUUUGGGGGGCUGUUGUUGUAUGGAAGAAGGGUGCUCCUUGCGCUGCAUCCCCUUCAGAGAUCCUGAAGUUGUGUGCGCAUGUAAUGCAUGUUCCAUCCACAGAGGGCAGGAGCUCCUUGGCCCUCCAGGCGCUGCUGUACUACAACUCCCAUUGCCACACACACAUGUACAUGCACGCGCACACACACUCUAUCAAACAAUGCGUGGGGGGGGGCUACUGAGAUCUGAGGGGCCAGCAACAGCUGGAGGGACACAGACGUUUCCCUGGCCCUGACAUUGGGAGGCACUGUGUCCCUUUCACCCCCCCCCCACCCCCAGUAUUAAACAUACUGCCUACCAACAUGUUUCAGAAUCUUUCCACACUGCCCUGUGGCUUUUAAAUUAAAUAACUUCUAAUUAGCUUUAAUCCUGAAUAACCAAACAAAAUGUUAAAAAAAACCCAAAACUUGUGCACCCCCCCAACUUUUAUUUAUUUAUUUUGCAGGCAUGGUAGGGUUCCUUAAAGCACCCACUGUCCUUUCUUUCCCCCAUUUCUCUACACUCCCCCCCCCAGAAAAAGGCGGGGGUUUGGGGGGGGUUGUAUUUUGGUUGUGUCCUCAUGCUGCUUUCAACUCAAGACUGGCUCCUGUGACUGACAAGCGAUGGGGAUGUGUGGCACAGGAAGGGUUAAGGUCUGCCAUUUUGUUAUGUAACACCCUUAAUGGACAUAUCAGUGAAUGGCAUGAAGAUGGCAGGGCUUAACCCUUCGUGUGCUGCAGCUCAAAGCUCGACUCUGUAGAGUCCCCCCCCCCCUUUGUUUUGUUUUUAAAGCUUUGACUCCAAACACACACACCUUUUAAAAAGAAUCCCAAAAUGCAACUUGAUUUCUCUCUCUUCAGACAUAGCAUAUAUAUAUAUAUAUAUAUAUGCGCAUACAUAUCAGGUUAAUGAAAUAGAACUUGCCUUUUAAAAUAAGUGUCAGUCUUUAUUCAACUUGAGUCCUGCUGUAAGUAGGUUGGUUGAUAUCAAUGGACCUACAGUUUGGCUGCAAUCCUUAAACCUUAUUUACCUGGGAGUAAGCCCCAGCAAAUUUAAUAGGACUUACUUCAGAGUAGACCUGACUGGAUUGCACUGUCCUGCCCAACAUUAUUUUCAAGGAGCUACUCUGAGUAGAACUGAAGACAGCUACAUUCCGGAAUAUGAGCUGUAAUAUCUGAUAUUUUUCUUUUUCCAAAUAAUUCUAGGAAUGUAGGGAAAAUGUGUUGGGGUUUUUUGUUUUUUGUUUUUUAAGGGACCUGUUUCAUAAAGGAGAGAAACUUUUAUUUUCUGCUUUUCUUUAAGGCUAAAACAUAUAUAACAUUAUUAUUAUUAUUAUUAUUAUUAUUAUUAUUACUACUACAACCAAGAAUACUACUCUGUUUACUUGGAGAGAGGAGGGGGCCUUCCUUUUUUUAAAAAAAAAAUACAUAUGUCCACAGGUACAAUUCCAUGCUUUAGCUGAGAUUCCUGCAUUGCAGGGGGUUGGACUAGAUGACCCUUGGGUCCCUUCCAACUCUACGGUUCUGAUUCAACAGAAUAAAUAAGUAGGGAGUGGGUUUAUAAGGAUCAAGGGAGGAAGAGUGUUUCCUGGACCAGAGUGUAAUAAAAAAGGUCCAGGCAGAGGAAACUUUUGUUUCACUUGACAUUGAAAAGCUUGUAAAUGAAAGUUGGCGCAAGCUAUUUGCACUCGCAUGGAGCGCUCGCCACAUAAAAAGAGCCCUGCGGCCGCAGGAUCAGGCCAUUUAGCCCAGCAUCCUGUCCUGAGCGUGGCCAGGCAAAUGCCCCCAUGAGAAGCCCACAAGCACAACUGGAAUCCAGACCGCAGAGUUUCCCAAACUUAGGCUGUUUAUUGGUGGGUUUUUGUUUGUUUUUUACUACAAUUACCACCAUCCCUGGCCACUGGUCCUGCUAGCUAAGGAUGAUGGGAGUUGUAGUCCAGAAACAGCUGGAGAAUUAAGUUUGGGAAACCCUGAUCUAGAGGCAUUUACCACCUCUGACCGUGCUGGCAGAACAGCAGCCAUCCUGACUGGUAGCCAUGGAAUCGUCCUGUUCUCUUCGCCUUCCUUACACACCGAUGUUUUUCCUUGGUUGUCUAGUGGGGAUUGUUCUUCGCCUCUCCAGCAUUCUGCUCUCUCUGGAGACCCAUUUCCUUAAGAUAUAGGCUUUGAUUUGCAUUAGUGCUGGAGGCAGCAGCCCUGGUUCUUGUCCAGAGAGGCUGCCGUUCCGCAUGCUAAGUUGAGUGGCUUUCUGUUUUUCAUUGGCUUGUUCGGUUUAUCCUCCCUGCACCCCUACUUUCCUCCAGAAGGAGCUCAGAGAGGUCUGUGCAUGUGGCCCUCCCUCGCAGGGUUGUUGUUGCUGCUUCUGUUCAGAUGACAUUGAUGUUUUUUAGAAAGCAAGCUAGUUUCUAUACAUGGACUCUCACAUGCCCCUCUGCAUGCAUCCAGGCAAACGAGAGGCGCGAUCGGGAUUCCAGGGCAAUUCUCAGUUGGUUGAGAGACUGUUACUCUCAGGGUCGUGGGUUCGAAACCCACAUUAGGCAAAAGCUUCCUGCAUUGCAGGGGUUGGACUAGAUGACCCUUGUGGUCCCUUCCAACUAUGACUCCAACCAGACAAAAACACUCAAGAGGAAGAGUGCUUUGCCCCCACCCCACACAGGCUUCAACAUCCCUGUCCCUGCUGUAGACAACGACCCUGCAAGGUAAGCCUAGCCACAAGGCCAGUUGCGCCUGUCAUAACCCUAACCCACCACUUCCUCUCAAAGGAGCCCAGGGCAGCAGAGAGAUGGGCAAUCCAAAAAUAAAGCUGAAACAUUUUUAAAGCAAUUGCAAUUAAAAACAUCUCAGAGCUGUUACAGCAUUCUUCUAUCCAGUGGUCUUAGGGCUGCCUGCAACAGUCUUCUUCAGCCACCACCAAAUGCUUGGGUAAACAAGGUAAAGGUAAAGGUACCCCUGCCCGUACGGGCCAGUCUUGCCAGACUCUAGGGUUGUGCGCUCAUCUCACUCUAGAGGCCGGGAGCCAGCGCUGUCCGCAGACACUUCCGGGUCACGUGGCCAGCGUGACAAGCUGCAUCUGGCGAGCCAGCGCAGCAGACGGAACGCCGUUUACCUUCCCGCUAGUAAGCGGCCCCUAUUUAUCUACUUGCACCCGGGGGUGCUUUCGAACUGCUAGGUUGGCAGGCGCUGGGACCGAGCGACGGGAGCGCACCCCGCCACGGGGAUUCGAACUGCCGACCUGACGAUCGGCAAGUCCUAGGCGCUGAGGUUUUACCCACAGCGCCACCCGCGUCCCACCCGCAUGGGUAAACAAGGAACGUGUUCAAAUAAUAAGCAUGCCUCCUCCCGUGUAGACCUGUCCAUAUGGUGAGGGUGAUGCCCUUUCCCAACGCUCAUCCCUCAAUAUCCCUGCAUCAGAGGUGGAAAUAGGAACUUUGGAAGCUGCCUUAUGCAGCCGGACUACUUGUCCCUCUAGCUCUGCAUUCCUACACUGGCUGGCAGCAGCACCUCUCCAGGCAGUUAGAAAUUAGCAGGCACCUUUUGCAACUGGCGCAGGCCCAAUUGCGACCACACGGAGACCUCUAGGUUCCAGUUUGGCAACUGGGGUCCCUUAGAAGGAUCUGAAAUAUUUUCCUUGAAGCUUGAAUUUAUUUUAUUCUGGAUUGUUUGAUUUGAUGUUUUAAUGUGUUGCAAACCGCCCCUUUCCUAGUACGUUUGUUUGCACGCAGAGUUAGCUGGUUGCCCAAAACUCACAGGAUCAAGAAAGAUUUCCUUUAUUUUCGGGCAGCAGGUAGAACUUGCUCUGGCGGCUGUAGUGGCAGCUAUGUAUGGAAAUGUCUGUACAUAACCGAUUUCUUUUUCUCUGAGCUGAGCCGCUGGGUAGAGUUGUUGCUGCUUGCGGAUUUCUGUUUGGGAGCAUCUAGUUGGCCACUGUGAGGGCACGAUGCCGGACUCAAUGGGACUCCCCUCUGGUCUAGCCAGCUGCAGGGCUCUCCUCACCUUCAUAAACUGAAAUUUACCCUUUGCUUUUUCUUUUCUUUCCUUUCCCUUAUAACCUUCCCUGCAGUGGCGAAAGAAAGCGGUAUUACUCUCCCGCAAGCUCCUUUUCCCUUCGCCUCUCUUCCGAGCAGGAGGUGAAUUUAUGUCAAUAUGUGAUAGGAUUCUGUCACGAGGCACCCCAUGCUGGAAAAGACACUGCCUGAAUUAUACCAGGUUUGUCUCCAUUUCUUUAAAGGGAGGCGGUUGGGGGUAUUAAAAAAAAAAGUUUCUGGGGCUGCAAACAAACAAACCCCAGCUUCCUGUCUUCUACGUGAUAGAAGGGCCUGUCCCCCAUUAUUGUGACAGACAGGAAAAGGGGUGGUGGGUGUUAAGCAAGUGGCGAGUCGAGAAUUGCAGAGAGGUAACUAGGCUGAAACUGACAAAGGUUGUGAGGUUUUCUUCUUCCUUUAGUUUGCAGGCUGGACUAACCACUAAAUCAUAGAAUUGCAGAGUUGGGAGGCUCCUUGCCCAUUGAAAGGAGUCUCUGCCCAGGAGUUUUGUGGCUUCCCUACCCCUAGGAGGGAGCACUUCAAGCGUAACUGUAGGUCCAGUUCUCCUUCCUCCUUAAGUCCUGCUGGGAUCCGGUUGUGCAAGGUGUUUACACACACACACACAAACACAACUUUAUUCAUGCCGCAUUUUGUGCUUCUGUUCUGCAUCUUUGUGCUGUCCACCGCCCUGACAGGGCGUUGUACCAAUUUAACAAACAAACAACAGCUCUCUUCGGGUGCAAAAUUCUGCAGACAAAUUGUGAGCUUUGGGAAUGGGGAGCCCUUGCAACCCCCCUGGAUCUUGGGCUCUGACUGCCACCACUCCUAACCAUUGGCUGCACUGCCUGCAGGGAGAGGGGAGUCCCUACACCAUCUGCGGAGGGGGGUGGGCAAGCCCCUUGAUCUGAGGAGCCAGUUCCUAGGGGCCAAGGUCCCUUGGGGCCCCCAUAACAUAUUUGGGGGCUGCCCCUCUCCAAAGUUGAUAGGCAUUGCCAUUCAAACAGUGUGCGUACACCGCAGCAUGUGCUCGAUUCUGUGGGGCGGGGCUUACCUACCCCCCCACCUCAAUAUUUUAUUCAGGUUGGCACCCCUGGCAGCCGGUGGCAGCGGGCUGGGCGCCAGAGAAUCCUGCCUCUCUCCCAAAUUGACAGAGCAGCUUCCUAGACCUCGUGGUUUGCAAAAUGCGCUGCUGCUUCGGCUCUGUGAAGUCUGGAAGGGUUUUCCGUUGCAGGGACAGGCCACCUGCGGCAAAAGCAUUGCUUUUCCUGCCUCCACCUUGUUUUUUUACGGAGGGGGAAGUUUCUUCCUCCUGUGCAAUGCAUCCUGGGAAACCUUCCCUCCCCCCCCCCCCACCUUCCUGGUUUGGAGAAAAGUUGCUUUUUCUUUGCCAACUCCCCGCUGGGUGAUCCUCCUGGGGGCUGGGCUCAUGGUGUUCAUCGCACACCCCCUAGUCCUUGACUUCGCACCCCCCUUUUUUUCUACAUCUGUCUUUUGUGGGCACCCCAUCCCACCCCGCUUCUCCAAAAUGGCUUUCUCAAGCCCGGCCAGCUGACCACCACCUGCGCUGCCCCUUUAAGAGCACGCGGUGGGGUGGUCUCCCCCACCCCCUUCCCAUUUAUUCCCUGGGACUCUGUGUUCUGGAAUGCCCAUCUGCAGCCCCCCAGCCCCACCCCACCCACAAGCAGAUGCAGGGACGGUGGCCGCAGCCGCUCUCGCGCUCUCUCUGCUGCGAGGGGUUAACAACACAUAGCCUUGUUGUCUGGAACCAGUUCAGACCGGUUUUCUGGAAAGUGCUUUGUCUCUCCCACUGAAUCCUGGGAAAGGGUCAUGUGUGGACCCAGUGAUGUCAUGGGAUCACAAACUGACUCAGCUCUUUGCUCCCUGCCCUUCCCCACCCCCGCAACGCCAACCCCCAAAUCAGAAGAGGUUUGGUGUGUGUGUGUGUGUGUGUGUGUCUGCCUCUCUUGCAGGUACAAUUGGAGAGGGAACACACGCCCCCCCCCAGGGUGGGGGCAAAAUGCAACCCUCCACCCCACCACCACUUUUAAAAAAACUUUUUUUUAAAGCCCCCCAAAUCUCUCCCAACUACUUCCACGAGUUUUGAGCACUUCCUGUGCAAAACCGGUGGGGAGGGAGGGGUGCAGAGAAUGGCUCCCCCACAGCCCUUCUCCUUUAAGACAUUCUCUCUGGUGGCUUUUAGGGCCGGUGGCGGAAUAAAGCCUGUGAUCUCUUUAGCAGUAAAAGGCAUGUUCUCUGUACCUUAAAAAAAUAAAAUGCAGGGCCUUUUCCAAACCCCAGGAUGUGCCAGGAGGGACUUGGAAACUUUCAGUCAUGAGAAGCAGGUGUUCAGGAUAACGGGCAGGUUUUUAAAGGGGAGGGGGAGGCAAGCAAAAUUAAGCAGGUUUUUUUAAAAAAUUGUGGGUAGGGAGUCUCCAUAUCUUCUUGCAGUGAACUUGCCCCUGAUUUCCAAAAACCCAUUUUGACUUCGCAUUUUUCCAUUUCCCCAUGAAUUGCGUUGUGAGUUCUGCUUGAAACAGAGCUGAGCACCCACUUUUGCACUCUCUAAGCAGCUAGUUCAGACUGCUGCUUCUUUAUUGCUAUUAUUAAAAAAAAACCACAUUGUGAUACUCUGAUCUGUGUUGCCUGGAUGAAUUUACCUUCUUCCUCUUCCCUCCCCUUUUCCUUUCCUUGUGUUACUUCCCCACUCCAUCAGAGUACCAUAAUGACAGAAGAAGCUUGCCGGACGCGAAGUCAGAAGCGCGCCCUCGAGCGGGAGAUCACCCAGAACGACGUGGACUGCAAGAAGAUGAAGAUGGACAAGGGACUCCUGGGGGCCCCCGAGGCCAACGCAGAAGGGGGAGACCUCAAGGUGAAGAGUGAACCCACAUCUGGGAGAGUCCAGGGACUGUUAAAAGGAGGGGAGAUGAAAGCCACGAUCAAAGUGGAGGUGCAGACGGGAGACGAGCCGGUGGACAUGAGCACCUCGAAAAGGUAGGUAGCCUGUAGAUGUCAAGGAGAUAAAGAACUACACAGCUUGUGGAAGACAUCUGAAGGCAGCCCUGUAUCAGGACGUUUUUAAUAUUUGACAUUUUAUUGUGUUUUUAUAUGUACUGGAAGCGACCCAGAGUGGCUGGGGAAACCCAGCCAGAUGGAUAGUGUAUAUUAUUAUUAUUAUUAUUACUACUACUACUACUACUACUACUACUACUACAGUCAUACCUCAGGUUACAGACGCUUCAUGUUGUGUUUUUUCGGGUUACGGACCCGCUGAAACCCGAAAGUACUGGAACGGGUUACUUCCGGGUUUUGGCGCAUGCACAGAAGCACUGAAUCGCAACCCGCGCGUGUGCAAACGUGCCGCUGCAGGCUGUGACUGCUGCGGGUUGUGAACGUGCAUUCCGCACGGAUCAUGUUCGCAACGCAAGCAUCCACUGUAUUAUUAUUAUUAUUAUAAUACCACCCUUGGGUGUCCCAACAGCACCUGGAAGGAUGCACGUUUUCCCCAUCCCUAAUCCAAGAAGAGCCAAUCCCCUUUCUCAGAAAAGAAUUCCUCUUCUGAAAAGAGGCAUUCCUCCCAUGAGAUCUGCAGGGCCACUGGUUUCCCUGUCCCUGAUCGAAGAAGAGGCAUUUCUCCUUUCUCAGGGUGAAUUGCUCUUCUGAAGAGAGGCAUUCUCCCAGCUCUCGCCCAUCCCCGGCAUCUCCAGGGACUCCUGCCUGAAGCCCUUGAGAUCCACUGCCAGUCAGAGUGGGCAGUUCUGAGCUCAUGGGUCCAAGGGUCUGACUCUGUAUAACCCCUGGGGGGAUGCAGGUCUUUCAAGGUCCUGGUCUAGACGAACGCACUCCUCCAUCUCUUGCAUGCAAAAUGAAUGUGACAUCUUAGUUCAGGAAAACACCAAGGGGACCUCCUUCCAUAGCAGGGAUGGGGAGCCUCUGUGGCCCUCCAGAUGUUCAACUCCCCAUCAUCCUUGGCCAUUGGAGGGGAGAGCUGCUCUUGCGCUCUGGUCCUACCUGAGGUUUUCCAAAGGCACCUGGUUGGCUCCUGCGAGAACAGGCUAGAUGGGCCAUUGACCUGAUCUAGCAGACUCUACUUCAGGCAGAGGCAAACUCAGCCCUCCAGAUGUUUUGAGACUACAGUUCCCACCAUCCCUGACCACUGGUUCCGUUAGCUAGGGAUGAUGGGAGUUGUAGUCCCAAAACAUCUGGAGGGCCGAGUUUGCCUGUGCCUGCUCUUCUUAUGUUCUUAAAGCAGACCAGUGGGAGAAUCUUGGGCCCAGUCUUAGGUGAAAAGCCCGUUGUUAUUUAUUUUGGGCUGCAGUUUGCAGUUUUUCUCGAGUGGCAUGGUGUCCUCUUUGUAAGUGCAUGCCUUCAUUUGGCCAAAAGACACACGCUCAGCAGCCAUCUAUAAAAAGUGUUUUCCAAGGCUGGUGAUGAGCAAGGAGCAUUCUGGGGAGGCCAUUUGCAGGCUCCGCUUUCCCUGCUCUUUUAAACCCUUAACCCUGGAGCCAUUUAUUUUGUGGGCACAAUUGGUGGAAAUGUGAGAAGGUCCACGUUUUAAUUUUAAUAUCAACUGCCCCGUCCUGCCCAGGUGCCUCUUCACCCUUCUUGGAAAACUACCUGACGCCUGGUAGUGUUUAAGGCUGUGCUGAAUUUUAAAAGAUUUAUUUGGGAUUGAUAACAAGGAUCCUUGACCUACCAGCUCUUCCGGGAGGACAGGUUAUGCUGAUGAGCUCUGUGUGUGUGUCGUUUGUGUAUGUGUUCAUUUGUUCUCCACACCCCACCCUACAGGCACUAUUCACCACACAAUUUCAAACUCUGCAAAGAUGUUCUUCUGAGAUAUUUUAUUUUAUUUGAGGAGGAGGGUGGGAGAGAUGGAAUUUAUUUCUGCUCUUUUUACUUCCUGUUGGGGAGAAACUUCCUGGAUUCCAAAGAGACUUCUUUCAUCCCCAAGAUAAGUUACUGCAGGCACACACUCACAUGACUCUUCCUGUGUGUUCACACCUGGGAGGGACAUUCAAAUCUGCUGUGUAUCCAGAACAAUAGGGACUGGAACCUUGCUACGUUUUUAGAGGAAGGCCUCAUGCAGGGCUCUUUUCUAUAUUGCACAAUGUUAGUUGUGUCCGUCAGUUUUGGUUCCUCUGCUCAGAAUGUCCCAUGUCCAGUCCCUGCCAUCUCCAGGUAGUCGAGAUUCUCGCCUGGGCAGCUUCCACCAGUAAUUGGUAGGAGACAAUACUUGCCAUUCUUUGUUCUUUAGUACUGAGCUAGUGCUCUGACUCUGCAUCCUGUAUGAUUUCAGAUUCCAGAUCAGUGUUUCCCAAACUUGGGUCUCCAGCUGUUGUUGGACUACGAGUCCCAUCAUCCCUAGCUAGCAGGACCCGUGGUCAAGGAUGAUGGGAAUUGUAGUCCAACAACAGCUGGAGACCCAAGUUUGGGAAACACUGUUCUAGAACCAUGAGGGCUAGAAUAUUCUUCUUGUCUUUUAAAGACAGGAGCCUGAACUCUGUGCUAGAGCACCUGCUUUGUACCCAGAACAUCCCAGGUUCUAAUCCUGAUUUAUAUCCAGGUGGGGGCUGAGGAAGACAAACACACACACACUCACACACACACACACCCCUAAAACUUUGGGCAGUUGCUGCCAAGUGAACAAUGCAGGGGAGGGAAGGCUGAGCUGAAUGAAGCCAGAGCUCUGUGCAAGGCAACUUUCCAACAGCAUGAAGGAGAAGCAGCUUGGAUAGAUGGAUGGAUGGAUGGAUGGAUGGAUGGAUGGAUAGAAGUUCUUUGUGUUGUAUUGAGUUUAUUAUCCACUGCUUAGGGAAUAAGUGCUGUUAUUAUCCACUGCUGUUGUAAUAAGUGGUACAUAAAUGGUUGAAAAUGAAUAAUGAUGAUAAUAUUAAAAAUAGAAAUACCCACAUGAACAAUAAAUGCUGCAGUAAAAGAAAAAAGAAAGAAAAGCUGCCUGGACAGCUGUUGCAGGGGGUUGGACUAAAUGACCCACAGGGGUCCCUUCCAAUGCAACCAUUCUAUUAUCCUUCCUCCAACGCCCUGAAAAAGGACUUUAAUCUUUGGAGGAAAUAAGUUCCACUGGACCUGAUGGAGGCUUGCUCCCAAGUAUGUUGAGGUUUGAACAAGGGAGGAGGCCCAACCUAAAAAGCACUGUGGGCAGUAGAAGUGUGUGAAUUUGUGCACAGUUUUUCCUUGCAGUGUCUUCCUAGAUUUGCAUACAUUUCCCACCAUUGUACCCAAAGAGGCUCACAAGGAUACCCUGAUAUUUUCAUUUUCAGCUGCUGCUGUUGUUUGCAUUGUUUUGAGUUUAUUAUACGCUGCUGCGUAGAAUCAUAGAAUCCUAGAGUUGGAAGAGACCCCAAGGGCCAUCGAGUCCAACCCCCUGCCAAGCAGGAAACACCAUCAGAGCACUCCUGACAUAUGGUUGUCAAGCCUCUGCUUAAAGACCUCCAAAGAAGGAGACUCCACCACACUCCUUGGCAGCAAAUUCCACUGUCAAACAGCUCUUACUGUCAGGAAGUUCUUCCUAAUGUUUAGGUGGAAUCUUCUUUCUUGUAGUUUGGAUCCAUUGCUCCGUGUCCGCUUCUCUGGAGCAGCAGAAAACAACCUUUCUCCGUAGAGGCUGCUGCAAUUGAGUGGUAUAUAAAUUGUUGAAAAUAAUAACUCAGUUGGUUAGAGCGCAGUGCUGAUAAUGCCAAGGUUGCAGGUCUGAUUCCCGGACAGCUGUGUAUUCCUGCGUUGCAGGGGGUUGGACUGCAUGAUCCUCAGGGUCUCUUCUAACGUUAUACUGUCAUACCUCUUGUUGUGUUUGCUUCACAUUGCAGCUUUUCAGGUUGCGAACAUGGUAAACCUUGCGCAGAAACGUUCUGCACGCUUCGCACAUGUGCAGAAGCGCUCUAUCGCGCUCCGCGCUUGCGCAGAAGUGCCGCCCUAGUUGCAGACUUUUCAGGGUGCGAACGGCAUCCCAGAAUGGAUCGUGUCCGCAACUAGAGGUACCACUGUAAUUCUAAUAGUUAUUUGCAUUGUUUUGAGUUUAUUAUCCACUGCUUAGGGGCUGUUGUAAUUGAGUGGUACAUAAACUGUUGAAAAUAAAUCAUUUGCAUUGUAGGACCUUUAGGUAUAUAAAAUUGUUGAUGAUGAUCAUAAUAGAUAUUUGCAUUGUUUUGAAUUUAUUAUACACUGCUUGGUGGCUGUAGUUAAUAAGCGGCAUAUAAAUAAUUGAAAAUAAAUAAUGAUAAUAUUAAAAAUAGAAAUACCCACAUGAACAAUAAAUGCUGCAGUAAAAAGAAAAAAGAUAAGAAAAAUCUAAAAUAAUGUGAAUCAAUACAGAAAACAAAUCCAUACACGAUUGUGGGUUAUAUCCAACAUUAGCAAGAGAGCAGAGCUAUUGAAAUGAAUGAACUGCCUUAAGUUCCUUAAUGGGUCUACUCUUAGUUGGAUGAAACCCACCUACAAACAUGAUAUAGUAUUGGUUUGCUUUUUUAAAAAAUAUGUAUACUAUGUUAUGCAUUUUGUGGUUUUAUGUUGUAAACUACCCUCUGCGAUCUUUGGAUGAAGGGCGAUAUAUAAAUUUAAUGAAUGUAUACAAAUAUAAAUAAUAAUCAUAAUAUGUAUUGCCAUAAGAAUAGAAAGUUUCUGUUUGGUAGUCGCUGCAAUAAAUAUAUAAAGAUAUUAUGCAAAAUGAUGCAACUUAGCCAAUGAAAUUAGUGCCUUAAAACGAAGCAGGAGGAAUGACAAUGUUAAAUGCAGAAAUAAAAAAAAAUGUUAGGUGUACAAAACAGGUUCUGCAGAAUCUCACAGUUCAGCUGGUUUCAGAAAGUUUUUUAAGGUUCUUCGUGCCUGCCUGCCUGCCUGCCCUUUUUUUCUGUGUGUGUGUCUGAUUGAGAGAGACUUUUCCUCCUUCCGACCCCCUCCAUUUUCUUUCCACUACCUGUCUCCUCCUCUUCCUCCUCCUCCUCCUCCUCCCUUCCUUCCUCCCCCCACCCCAACAACAACUUCCCACUCCACAAAAUGAAAGCAAAUGUGUCACGAAACCGGUUCCGACCGGUUGGUUGCCAUGACUUUUUCCAGGAUGUGGAAAGGAAUUGUUUUUUGGGUUGUUUUUUUAAUCCACAUGACCAAUGGAAUCAUGUGACUUUUUUGGCGGCAUGGAGGGGGGGGGAGUUCACCGUCUUAUGAUGAUGCUGUGAUAACUGAUUAUGCAAGGGUGACCGUGUGCGUUGUGGAUGUGUGCGAAAGAUUUUUAGUUUGCACGUAGCAGAAGGGGUUAAAACUUGGCCAAUUCUUUUUCUGUGCAAGAGUGCAGCUCAGGAUCCCCAGUGGCUUUCCAGGGUUUCAGAUACAAGGUCUCUUUUUCUCAGCUGUGUCUGGAAAUGCUGGGCAUCAAACCAGGAGCUUCUGAACCCAAAAUCCGACCACUUCCCAGGCUGAAUUUACAUCUCGCUGCUGCCAUCUGUCUCGAGAGGCAAUGGAGUCUGCCUCCGGGGGUGAAGCCAACCCACUGUGUUAGCAGCACUGAAGUGACUUCCCCCCUGGGCGCAAGCCUGGGCCGUGGGUCUGGGGGUCCUGGGCUGCCCAGACAGCAAGACCCCCCUCUCAGCCUCACUGAUGGGGGAUCCAAAGGAAAUCAGAGCAAGACGUUGGGCACCAGCUGGGAUGCAGGAGUUGCCAGAAGGAGGCGGACAAGGCGCCAUCCAACUGCCUUAGGGACUCCACUCUGGAUUUGAGUAGGGUUUAUUCCUUAGCCUUUUCUUCUCCCAAAGACCUUCAGAAGAAGGGUGGUAUAUCAUCAUCAUCAUCAUCCCACAAGGCAGAAGAGGUUCAGGAUCAGAGAAAACAUCUUGCACAGUUCGCAAAUUGGAGGAGUGGGUGUGUUGGGGCUUUUAACAGAAGCCAUUGGUUUGGGAAGCUCUCUGCUUGAUAGUAUUUUGUGGCAGGGAAGCGCAUGAUCUCCUUUGUUGAAAGCAGGCUGGUGUAAUGGGCCCUCUGUAGGAAGAGGAUGCUGAGAUUCCUGCUUUGCAGGGGGUUGGACUGGAUGACCCUUGGGGUGCCUUCCAACUCUACAGUUCUAUGAUUCUGUGAUCAAGACCGGACAUUCCCUUCUGUAGUCAGGGCUGGAAUGUUGCAGACGUCCCAAUCCCAGGUAUCUCCCAAAGAGAGGGCCUUAUUUUCAUUGUUUGAAAUUGUAAGCUGUUUGUGUCCCCUCUCUACGAAUGCCCCGUUUGCUGAACUUGGCAUUGGCCUGGUAGAAACUGCUUUCUUCCUCAAGAGUUCAUUCCUGCAAAACUUGACACUUUAAAAAGCCACAAGCCGGAGCUGUAAAGUUUUCAAGGAAGAGUACAGCGGUAUCUCUGGUUGUGAACGGGAUCCGUUCCGGAGGCCCGUUCGCAACAUGAAAAGAGCGCAACCUGAAGUGCCGUAUCUGCACGGGUGUGUGGCGUGAUUUGGCGCUUGUGCGCAUGCGCAAAGCACAAUUUAGCACUUCUGCACAUGCACGAGCGGCAAAACCUGGAAGUAAUCCUUUCCGGUUCUUCCGGGUCGCCGCAGGACGUAACCUGAAAGAACGUAACAUGAGGUAUGGCUGUACAUUGGCCAGUAUCUGCAUCAACUGCAAGAAAAAUGUUUUACCUAAGUUAGUUCCACUUUGAGUAGACCCAUUGAAAUGAAUGGGCUCCACGUCAGAGGCAAUAAAACACCUUUAAAUAUGGGUUGCCGGGAGUCGUAACUGGGGAGAGUCGGUGUUGUGCUGUAGUCCUGCUUGUGGGAUUCCCUUUGGGGCAUCUAUUUGGCUACUGUGAGGACAAGAGGAUCAGAGUUGGAAGGGGCCCUCUAGGAUCAUCUAGUCCAACCCCCUGCAGUACAGGAAUAUGCAUCUAUCCCUUAUGGGGAUUGAACCUGUAACCUUGGUGUUCUCAGCACCACACUGUAACCAACAGAUGGCUCCCCUCUGGCCUGAUUCAGCUGCAGGGCUCUUUUCUGUAUUGCACAAUGUUAGUUGUGUCCAUGCGUUUUGGUUCCUCUGCUCAGAGUAUGACGACCGCCAGAGACAACAGGAACGCUUGCUUAUUUCCUUGAGGGUUGUUGGAAGAGCUCUUCUGCAGUGCGGUGUAGUGGCUAGCCCAGGGUUUCCCCAACUUAGGCCUACAGCUUUUUUUGGACUACAACUCCCAUCACCCCUAGCUAGCAAGACUAGUGGUUGGGGAUGAUGGGAGUUGUAGUCCAAAAACAGCUGUAGGCCUAAGUUGGGGAAACCCUGGGCUAGACUGUCAGACUAGGAGCUGGGAGACCAGUGUUCGAAUCCCUUCACUCAGCCAUGAAUCUCGCUGGGUAUCAGUCACUGCUUCUCAGGCUAACCUACCUCACAGGGUGGUUGUUCUGUGGGUAGAAUAAGGGGUGAGGAAAGAAUUGAGCUCCUUGGAUAAAAAGGUGGGAUGUAAAUGCAUUAAAUGAUGUUUAAAAAAAGCAAACCAAAAAACAAGCGAGUGGAAACUAAGUCGAGUCUGCAGCAAAAGUCCCAUGUUUAGAUCCAUCCAUCCAUUUAUUUAUUUAUUUAUCUUCUUCUCUGGAAUCAGGUCUGCUUAUCAAAAUAAAGAGGAGGCCUGUGAGAGAGUACUUGAGCUAGGGGCUUGUUUUAUUGUCUACUGAAAGAAGUGAGGGCGGGUGGCGCUGUGGGUUAAACAACAAAGCCUAGGACUUGCCAAUCAGAAGGUCGCGGUUCGAAUCCCCACAACAGGGUGAGCUCCCGUUGCUCAGUCCCUGCUCCUGCCCACCUAGCAGUUCGAAAGCACGAAGUGCAAGUUGAUAAAUAGGUACCGCUCCGUUGGGAAGGUAAACGGCGUUUCCAUGCGCUGCCCUGGUUUUUCCAGAAGCGGCUUAGUCCUGCUGGCCACAUGACCCAGAAGCUGUACGCCAGCUCCCUCGGCCAGUAAAGCGAGAUUAGUGCCACAACCCCAGAGUCGUUCGCGACUGGACCUAAUGGUCAGGGAUCCCUUUACCUUUACUUUUUUUAUUAAUAAUAAUAAUAAUUUAAAAAGAAUUAUUUAUACCCCGCUCUCCCAGGCCAGAGCCGGGCUCAGGGCAGCUAACACCAAUAAAAUCACAGUUAAAACAUAAUAGGGGGGAAACCCAAUUUAAAAUACAGGUUAAAAUGUGUUUUAAUAUGCAGCCUCAUUUUAAUAGUAGCCCAUAGAUCAAAACCAUAAAGGGAGGGAAACGUAAGGGUCAGACUGAGUCCAAACCAAAGGCCAGGCGGAACAGCUCUGUCUUGCAGGCCCUGCGGAAAGAUGUCAAGUCCCACAGGGCCCUAGUCUCUUGGGACAGAGCGUUCCACCAAGUCGGGGCCAGUACUGAAAAGGCCCUAGCUGAGACCAAUCUAACCACCUUGCGACUUGGCAAAGGUGGCCUGGAGACCACCGUUGGUUAGAGCCCAGUGCUGAUAAUACCAAUGCUGCAGGUUCGAUCCCCAUAAGGGGCAGCUACAUAUUCCUGCAGGGGGUUGGACUAGAGGACCCUUAGAACCCCCUCCAACACUAUGAUUCUAAGGAGGAAUAGGACCCUUUGGGUAAUGUUUGCAGAGGAAGAAGUGUGCUCUUUCACAAGCCGCGCUAUAUCUGGCUUGAGCCUCUCAAGUUUAGUGGGUCUCCAAUGAGUUAAGGUUUAAUUGCAUGGGGUCCUAUCGGGUCCACAAAUAUGGCAUGGUUCUUAAGAAACGGGGAAGGGGAAUAACCUCUCUCUCACCUUUUCUCCCCAUUUGGAGGAAUGAUGCAUUUUGAACUGCAUUAGGCUGCCCUCUAGAGACUCUUCUAAGUAUUGCAGCAUCCGCAGAAACCUCUCCUUGAGACCACUUGCUACAAGUGGGGUGAAAGUUCUGCUAAUUUACAACAGCAAGAAUUUUAUUAUUUGUUCCCCGCCCAUCAAACUGGGUUGCCCCAGGCACUCUGGGCGGCUUCCAGUAUAUGCAAAAACAUAAUAAAACAUCAAACAUGAAUAAUAGCAAUCUGAUCAAUAUAAAAAGUCACAAUAACUUUCAAAUGAACAACAUAUCAAAUAAAGCAAUAUUCAAUAAUUCAUUAGAAUCUACUAAUAAACAGUAAGAUUAAACAUCAUCAUCAUAAUACUUAUUUCCUUGACAUCUGAUGGGACGGCAUUCCACAGGGUUCCCUGUAGCUUCGUGUCUCACAGUGAGGGAAGCACCAGAAGGCCCCCAGAGCUUGAUCUAAGUGUCUGGGCUGAACUAGAAGCUCCUAGUCUCAGGACCUUGAGAGACCUGUGGGCAGUGGGCAGUGCCACUGCCUAGCAGGUAUAAAUGGCUGUCGAAAAGCCAGCAUCCCUGGAUCAAGUUCAUUGAUUUUGUCGAAACUAAAUAGUUUCAGUUGGAUGUUGAAUGAAUGUGCACCCAGUUGUUGCUGAAUUUGAUUGUGUUGUUUGCUUCAGUGGGCUGUGCAAACCGCUGUUCUGAACGAUGCUUCUUCAGGGUAGGGGGGUGAGUUUAUGGGAUCAGGGGGGACAGUGCCCUGAAAAGUUCUGUUGCUGUGUACAAGAGGUGGAGGAAUGCCUCCGUUUAGAAGAGCCAUUCUCUCCUGAGAAAGAGGAAUGCCUCUUCCUACUGCAGGACCGAACAACCUUUGGCGCUCUGGGUGCUUCUGGACUCCAUCUGCCAGCAGCCAGCAUGACUAGUGGUCAGGGAUGAUGAAGCGCAGCAGCCUCUCUGAAGGACAUACAUUGGGGAAGGUGGAGUGUUAAUUGAACAACAGCCAGCUGGAACUGUUGCACUGUGUUGUCUUAAUUUACUGUUAUUUAUUCUCAUCUCUCUCUCUGCUUUUCUUUUUGUGUGUGGGGUGGCUCCUCCAGCGACGUCAAGCGAGAGAGGAGGGUCCCUUCGCCUGAUGUAAUAGUACUAUCGGACAACGAGCCGUCGAGCCCAAGAAUGAAUGGAUUGACGAAAAUCCCGUUAAAGGAGACCAGCACAGAGGUGCUGAUGGUAAGUCUUAGCCCUUGCCUUAACGUAGCUGCCUCUCCUCACUCGGGGCAUUCAGGCCAGGCGGCUGUGAGCUUUCUAUUUUCAUUGCUUCCUCCUGUUCUGUCUUCCUCUGGGACUUUUCCUUGGGUGUGGCGCUGAAACAAGCCAUCCCUUUUUGUACAUCUCUUCUGCCCCUCAUCCACGCACAUUUUGCUAAAACUCUGAUUCACCCAGUCACCGCUUGCCUUGACUUCUGCAGCCUCUGGGGCUUUACCCUCAGGGGCAGCUGGAGCCCACUCAGUCUGGGUGCCAAAAUCUAUACAGACGUACCUUGGAAGUCAGGACACGGGUGGCGCUGUGGGUUAAACCACAGAGCCUAGGACUUGCCGAUCAGAAGGUCGGCGGUUUGAAUCCCCGCAACGGGGUGAGCUCCUGUUGCUCGGUCCCUGCUCCUGCCCACCUAGCAGUUCAAAAGCACGUCAAAGUGCAAGUAGAUAAAUAGGUAUCACUCUGGCGGGAAGGUAAACGGCAUUUCCGUGCGCUGCUCCAGUUCACCAGAAGCGGCUUAGUCAUGCUGGCCACAUGACCCGGAAGCUAUACGCCGGCUCCCUUGGCCAAUAAAGCGAGAUGAGCGUGGCAACCCCAGAGUCUUUCAUGACUGGACCUAAUGGUCAGGGGUCCCUUUACCUUUACCUUGGAAGUCAAACGGAAUCCGUCUGGAAGUCCGUUAGACUUCCAAGGCAUGGUUUCCGAUUGGCUGCGGGAAACUGCUCCGGACGUUUGGCUUCCAGAAAUCAUUAGAAAACCGGAAAAAUCAUUUCCUGUUUUUGAUCGUUCAGGAACCAAAACGUUCGAGUUUACAGGUGUUUGGCUUCUGAAGUUCCACUGUACACUGUUUUAUUAUUGAAAAAUAAUAUCACUAAGAAAAAUUAACAAUAAUAAGGUAUUUGAAAAGCUAAAAUGCAGUAGACUGCAAGCAGAUUAAAACUCACACCAGCUUUCUAAAUAUCUGACUAGGCUUGUCUAAACAAAAAAUGUUUUUAGCCAGUGCUGAAAAGGGAUCAGUGAAGGUGCCUGCUUCAUCGCAUAGAAUUGUACAGUAGGAAGGGAUCCCAAGGGUCACCUAGUCCAACCCCCUGUGAUCUAGGAGUCUUUUGCCCAACGUGGGGCUUGAACCCAUGACCCUGAGAUUAAGAGUCACAUGCCACAUGUGACAGUCUGCAGGUGCUGUCCCCAAACCACGCCUGCAGGCAAGCAAAAUGAAAGGUGACGUUGUCACUGGGCAUCCGUAAUGGCAGGUGAUUGACAGGUGAGCAGCCCCACCCACCUGUCAAAGGGGCCCAUAGAGCAAGGAGGGGAGGAGGGAGGUCUGGAGCCAGUCCUGCACCCCUUACCUCCCCAUGGCUGUCGCCUCUCUUCCCUGUACACCCCUCCCCAAAACGUCAACCCUUUUGGCAACCCCCCUAACUGGAGAAUUAAGCCCCCUUUCCCUCUUGCAGAAGAGCAGCCCCGAGGAGCGGGAGCAGAUGAUCAAGCAGCUGAAGGAGGAGCUGCGGUUAGAGGAGGCGAAACUCGUCCUGCUGAAGAAACUGCGGCAGAGUCAGAUACAGAAGGAGACAACGGCUCAGAAGGUGAGAACGCUUCGCUUGCUACUCCGCGGUGGAUUGCCAAGGCAGCUGUGCGCUGGGGGUGGGGGGUGUCCCAAGAAUUUCAGGAACCAAAGAGUCACAUUGACUUUUGAGCCGUCAGGUCCCACAUUGGCAACUAAGCAUUCUGUUUUGGCGACUGUAACCCUGGUUGAAGGAGCCAUUUGGUACCUAGCUCUUAUUUAUGAGUUUCUAACACUGUAGGCCAGGUGUGAGCAGCCCAUCGAGGGCUGCAUUUCCUCUGAGAGAAUCUCUUGGCCGCACGCUGCCACUGGGUGCAAAAACCUUCUGGGUGAAGUCACCUAGAAUAAAGAUUGCCCUGCUUCACCCUUGGAUGCCCCUUGUUUAAAAUAUUCCCAAUCCCUUGCAAGCCUAUUCAGAAGUAAGCUCCACAGAGUCUGAUAAACAGUACAUUCAAAGACUUAUCCCAGUUCCACACACCCCCAACAACAGGCAAAUAGAGAUGUUGUUCUGGAAAGUGGCUUAAAGAACCGUAUUUUUUGCUCUAUAAGACUCACUUUUUCCCUCCUAAAAGUAAGGGGAAAUGUGUGUGCGUCUCAUGGAGCGAAUGCAGGCUGCGCAGCUAUCCCAGAAGCCAGAACAGCAAGAGGGAUCGCUGCUUUCACUGCGCAGCGAUCCCUCUUUCUGUUCUGGCUUCUGAGAUUCAGAAUAUUUUUUUUCUUGUUUUCCUCCUCCAAAAACUAGGUGCGUCUUACGGUCUGAUGCGUCUUAUAGAGCGAAAAAUACGGUAAUUCUUUCAGUGGUGGGGUAUGGGGAUUAAGCCUGAGGACCACACUCCCUUCUGGGGAGGGCCCUGCAUGGCCAUGGUGGGUGGGGCCAGGGGCAGAAGUGGGCGGAGCAACAUUUCAGUAGGCUAAUUUCUAAACGCAGUGGCACACCACCCCUCCCUCUGGAGCAAGCAUGGGGACCUGUGGCAAUUCAGGGUUAGCAGCCUCAAGCUCUCAGCAUCCCUAAGAGCUGGCUGUGUGGGGGCUGCUUGAGAAUUGAGCCUGACCACAUCUGGAGUGGGGGGCCCACAGGGUGCCCCAUCCCAGGCUUGGAGCCGUCAACGGCUGUUGAGAAGCCAAACAGAACUUCCCUGUUCAGCAGCAGUCUACCACUUUGCUUUCUGCUUUCAGGCAUCCCAGCAAGACGUACAGUUGGUUGCUGGGUGUCAGCCUGGGUGUGCUCUAUAGAAAAUACUGUAGGGACUGAGAAGCCUCUUCCCCCUUUGCCCACCCCCAUCCCUAGACUUGUUACCCUCGAGAUGUUGGGCAAUGGCUCCUAAUGGCCCCAGCAGUCCGGGAAGAUGGUAUACGGAAGAUGGGAAAUCCAGCUAUGUUACUGCGUUGUAAUUUUAAAUUUUAUGUUGUAAACUUUUACGCUGUACACUUUUAUAGACUUGCGUUGUGUGGUUUUACAGGGAAGCCUUUCUGCUGUUCGUUGUGAAGGCCUUUGGCUAUAUAUAUAUAUGUAUAUAUGGAUGUGGAUAUAAAGAUAUAGAUAUAGAUACAUACAUUAAAAAUUGAUGGAUUACUUGAAUGCACUGCCACUUGGGGUAUACAAAUCUGAGCUAGACAGACUAUGGUCUGAUUCAAUACAAGGCAGUUUCUGUAUCCCCAGGACACAGGAAGCGAGAGUGCUGGGUAUGGGCAGGUGGGGAAGCCAACUACCGCAACACUCCCAAGGAUUUUCAAUUGUCUGUUCCCUAAUUGAUCUCUCUUUGAUCUCUCUCCCCCGACCCCCUGCAACGUGCCCCUUUUGGCUGAUGCUCCUUGUAGCCCGCCGGCUCCUCAGGAAAUGCCGUGGCGACUCCCCCACCGUUGGUGCGAGGGACGCAGAGCAUCGCCUCCAGCAAGUCAGCCCUCCUCCAGGUCAGUACACGCAAGGGAGCCGUCUGCACAUGGCAGAACUGGAAGCAAAGCUGUGUGUGCAUUUUGCGGGGGGAGAAGUAACAAAAACUCGGGGUGGUGGUGGGGAGUGAGGAGGUUAAGGAGGGGAAGGCAGUUUGUUGGCCCGAAUGCUCUUCCAGAGCCAUCCCAGCAGAUGAGACCUCUUGCAAGUUGGUUCAGACCAGCAAAUAUUCAGCCUUGCUUGAAUCGUAGGCAGGUCAGCUUUUGUGCUGGGACUGGGAAGCAGAUCUUGCUCACACUAACAGAACAGUGCAAGUUUGCAGGUCUGACAGAAAUCCAAAGCUGUUCAACAGCAAGGGAACCAAAAUCUACACUGGUGCUGCCCAGAUAUAUAUUUUUUCCUGAAUUACAAAGCUGCCACAUUUCACUCCUUCCCUCUUCUUUUUAAGCAACCAGCGGUUAAGAAUUAGACACCUUCUCUCUGCAUUGGGAUUGACUGAGUCUCCUCAAAUGUAGCCCAGUACAGAGAGUCUGCUGCAUAAGCUGAAGGAGGCUGAGGCCAGGGAAGUUGCUUAUUCAGAAACACAACAGGAAGAAGCCUCUGCUGGGUAAAGACGCCACAGAGGCUGACUCUUGGGACCUUAAGUCUCCCACAGCCACUCACCCCCAGAUGGGCAACAGGCAGCCUACUUGGAGGUUCUGGGGCAAGAAAGACAUCACCCCCCACCCCCAAGAGAAUCUAUUUAUUUGCUGCAUUUAUAUCCCCCCUUUUUCUCCAUGGAACUCAAGGUGGCUUACAUGAUUCUCCCUCUCCUUGUUUAAUUCCCUGACAACAACCCUGUGAUUGUGCCUUGUCAGCGACCAUGUGAUGAGGGCCAGUGUGGAUUGGUUAGAGCAGGGUUUCCCAGACUUGGGUCUCCAGCUGUUUUUGGUCCUGCUAGCUAGGGAUGAAGGGGGUUGUAGUCCAACAACAGCUGGAGACUCAAGUUUGGGAAACCCUGGUCUUCCCCAGAUCCUAGCCCGACUCUAACCACGACACCACACUGGCCCUAACGCUGUUCUUUAGUCCGUUUUGGAAAUCACUGGUCUGUUUUCACAACCUUCUGAAGAAUAUAGCAAAGAUUCUGGCGACAAAUGAUGCAUCGGUGGGUGGGGUGCUUAUAGAACGGACUUCCUCCUUCACUUCCUUUGUCUUCUCGUGCCAUACAGAAUUCCUCACGUAUUCCCGGGACUGUUAUUCCUCCUCCGUUGAUCCGCGGAGGGCAGCAGGCAUCUUCGAAGCUGGGCUCUCAGCAGAACACGCAGAUAGUCAUGCCUCCUCUGGUGAGAGGAGCACAGGUGAGCUGCUUUUCUCCACCUUGGGCUUUCCGUUUUCUUUCCGCCCCCACAGCCUCAGCUUGAAGGGCUCGGUUGGGGCUGCAGCGCAGGGGUAGAGCAUGCACCCUGCAGGCAGAAGGUCCUGGGUUCAGUCUACGGCAGCUUCUCUAAGCAGGGACCCCUUUCUGAAACCCUGGGGGAGCCACCGUCCGUCAGGGUAGAGGAGAGCUUUCCAAACUUUGUGUCGCAACACCUUAGUGUGUCGGCUGCAGUGUGUAGGUGUGUUGCACAAACACUCCCUACACUCCUCCUGGGGCUGCAAAAGGCGUUAGUUUAACCUCCAGUUUACUAGUGAAACUGAAUGGCUGUGUCGCGAAAUGAUGCAUGUCUAAAAAGUGUGUCACCAACAUGAAGAAUUUGGAAAGCUCUGGUGUAGAGAGUGUUGAGUUAGAUGGAGCACAGUGCUGAUCAUGCCAGGGUUGCAGGUUCGAUCCCUGUAUGGAACAGCUUGCAUAUUCCUGCCUUGCAGGGGGUUGAACUAGACUAGGUGGUCCUCAGCAUCCCUUCCAACUCGGCAGGUCUAUGAUUCUGUAGUGGGCUCCUGCUUUAAAUGGCGCUUCAAUCAGACAUCGGGAUGCAUCAGCUGCUAGCCCUACUCAGAGUACACCCAUUGAAAUUCCUGCAUUUCAGGGGGUUGGACUAGAUGACCCUUGUGGGUCUCUUCCAGCUCUAUGAUUCUAUGAAAUCGAAGGACAUGGAUAACUCCAUGCUCUUAAAUCUUGGUGGAAUUCAGUUGGGUGUUUCAGUAUGACUGGGAGUUUGGCAGAUGGGGAAAGGCUGAACUGUCAGCUUCCAACCUUGUGGUGUGGCCCAAUCAUCCCCUGGAGAACCAGUGGUUAGAGGGUCACUUCAGGACACAGGAGAGACCAGGUUGCAAAUCCCACUCAGCCAUGAAACUCCCUGGGCGCUGCCUGGCAGGGGGCAGGGAGGCAGUCACUGCCUAUCUCAACCUAACCAACCUAUAGAAUCAUAGAAUGGUAGAGUUGGAAGGGACCCGAGGGUCAUCUAGUCCAACCCCCUGCAAUGCAGGAAUCUCUGCUUAAGCAUCCAUGGCAGAGGGCCACCCAACCUCUGCUUGGAAACCUCCAAGGAAGGAGAGUCCACAACCUCCAUAGGGAGUCUGCUCCGCUGUGGGAACAACUCUCACCGUCAGAAAGUUCCUCCUGAAAUUUAGUUGGGAUCUCCUUUCUUGUAACUUGAAGCCAUGGGUUUGAGUCCUACCCUCCAGAGCAGGAAAAAACAGGUUUGUUCCUUCUUCCAUGUGACAGCCCUUCAGAUAUUUGAAGAUGGCUAUCCUAUCUCCUCUCAAGUCAACCUGACACGGUUGUUGUUCUGAACUAUGUAUGCCACCUUGAGCUCCCUGAGGAAAAGCUGGGAUAUAAGUGGAGGAUCAGUUUUUCUGCCAUUUCUUGUCUUCAAAGGGAAAAAGAAGUUAAUAUUCUUGCUCUCUUAUUCCCCCUCCUUUCUGCAUCUCCCCCAUUGCGCCAUCUUCCUCUCUGCCUUCUUCCUCCUUUGGCUGUCAUCCUCCACUCCCCCUCUUCUAAAUUUUCUCUUCCAUCCCCCCUCGGAUCCCAUCUAUAUCAGCCCAUCUCUGUGUCUCCCCAGCAAAUCCACAACAUCCGCCAGCACUCCAGCUCGGGGCCCCCUCCCCUGCUCCUGGCCCCGCGGGCCUCCGUCCCCAGCGUGCAGAUCCAGGGCCAGCGUAUCAUUCAGCAGGGCCUCAUCCGCGUCGCCAACGUCCCCAACGCAAGCCUCCUGGUCAACAUCCCACAGGUGAGGAGCUGCAAGAGCGGGGCGGGGGGGCGGGCAGGCGCCACCCCAGAGGCAGCAGCCAGGUGGUACUGGCUGGGGUCCCAUUUAUAUGUUAUAUAACUCGUGUUUAAACACAGCUGCAGUGGUUGCCAGUUCACUUCCGUGUCCAGUUUGUUUUUGUUUUUUUAAUAUAUCUUUAUUAAUUUAAAAUAAAUACAUUUAUGAAAAACAGACGUACAUACAAGUAAACAAACAUACAAUCAAACAAACAAGUAACAGAAAAAUCAAACAAACCACCACACUAUAAGAUAUAAGAAGAUUGAUAUAAUUAUCAUCAUAUAUACUCCUGGUAUUGAACACAAUUAUAAAAUUUAUAGAAAAGAAAUUUAAAACUGACUUCCAAUUUAUCUCACUGUACUUUGUCUAUCCAUUACUGUUACAUAUUUCUUAUAUAAUUUCUUUUUACCUCCCUACAAACUUACAUUUAUACAAUAUAGGGAUCCGUCUAAUUCUGCCAAGAUGUUUCCUUUUAUUCCAUAGUUUUCUAAAUAUUCUUUAAAGAUUCUCCAAUCCUUAAAGGCUUUUUGUUUUGGCUGGCCUCUUACUCUUCCUGUCGCUUUUGCCAGCUGCAGAUAUUCUACCAUUAGGAUUUGCCAAUCUUCCAUGUUGGGUAUUGUUCUGUUUUUCCAGUUUCUUGCUACUAAAAUUCUGGCCGCCUUCUGUGUCCGGUUUGAAGUUUCACGUGUUGGUGUUCAAAGCCCUGAACAGCUCGGGCCCCCAAAGUCUGAAAGGCAGCCUCCUUCUCCGCAGACCCUCUUGGGUGCCCAGAUCAGCAGAGUGGCGAUUUCUCUGACUUCAGAUGCUUUAGGAGGGGGGUGGCGCUGGGGGAGGGGGAGGGUCUUCUGUGCAGCAGAUCCUAAGCCUUCGAACUCUCCCCAGAGAUACGUCAGGCACCUUCGCUAAACAGAUUUUGACAAAUGCUGAAGACACAUUGUUGUUUAUUUAAAUUUGUAUGCCGCCCUAUACCCUCAGGUCUCAAGGCAGUUCACGAGAUAAAACCACAAUAUAAAAAACACAAAGUGCAUAAUAAAAACAAAAACAGGAACAACCCAGUAAUCCCCCUCCCCUCCCCGAACACAUUUUAAAGGGGCAUUGGAGUUUUUGCCUGGUGUCUAAAGUUGUAUAAUGAAGGCUCCAGGUGAACCUCCCUGGGGGGAGAGCAUUCCACAGACAGGGAGCCACUGCAGAAAAGGCCCUGUUAUUGUGUUGCCACCCUCUGGACUUCUUGAGGAGGAGGUACACAAAGAAGGGCCUCAGAAGGUGAUCUCAGGGUCCAGGCAGGUUCAUAGAGAAAGAGGCAGUCCUUAAGGUAUUGCAGUCCUGAGUCGUUUAAGGCUUUAUAGGUCAAAACCAGCACUUUGAAUUGGGACUGGAAACUAAUUGGUAGUGAGUGCAGUCAGACCAGGACUGGUGCAUAGUAAUAAUAAUAAUAAUAAAUUAUUUAUACCCUACCCAUCUGGCUGGGUUUCCGCAGCCACUCUGGGUGGCUCGCCACAGAAUUAAUGAUAAUAAUAAUAAUAAAGCAAUAAAACAUCAGACAUUAAAAAUUCCCUGAACAGGGCUGCCUUCAGAUAUCUUCUAAAAGUCAGCUGUUUAUUUCCUUGACAUCUGAUGGCAGGGCAUUCCACAGGACAGGCACCACCACCAAGAAGGCCCUCUGCCUGGUUCCCUGUAACCUCACUUGAGGCAGGGAGGCGGACCUCAGUGCCCUGGUUGAACAAUGGGGGUGGAGACACUCCUUCAAGUUGCUCAAACCAUCUUGCUCUGGUGAGCAACCUGGCUACUGAAUUCUGAGGGGUAUAUUUUCAGAACCUGCCUUAUUUUUGUGACUGCAAAGCCUGUUUUAAAGUCUUAAGCCAGGCCUUUGACCAUGAAACAAUCUAUGACCUUUUAAGGGGGGGUGGAGUCUGUUAUUACAGGUUUUUUUCUGUGAUUUUUAAAUUACUACUAUGCUAUAUAAUGUUGUACACCACCAUAGGAUCUUUGGAUAAAGUGCAGUAUAUAAAUGGAAUAAAUACAAAAUAAAGCAAAAAGUGUUUUUGAUAUUGUAACCUGCCGUAGGACCUUAGGGUGAAUGGUAGGCAAUAAACUAGGGUGGUGAUUAUGAUAAUAUAUCAUUAUUUCAUAAAAUUUAUACUCAGCUUCAUUGUUUUUUAAAAAAUUAAUAAAACAAGAAAACUAUUUAAGAUUAUUAUUUUAGCCCAGGGUCUCCCAAACUUGGGACUCCAGCUGUUUUUGGACUACAAUUCCAUCAUCCCUGACAUUGGGUCCUUCUAGCUAGGGAUGAUGGGAGUUGUAGUCCAAAAACAGCUGGAGACCCAAGUUGGGGAAGCACUGUAAUCUAGCCAAAGGCCAUGACAAGUUUGUAGCCGUAAUAUUAACAAGAUAAGGCAGAACAUACACCUGCGAUAUAAACUGACAUCCGUGGUGUGGGCAAAAGGAGACACCGGAAAAUGAGCUUAAUUUCAAAUUAAACCUCCCAAUCUCCAAAGCAGCUUAUAGCAAUUUUAUCUAACUCAUUGUUCCCGAUCUUUUUUGCAGCCAGUGAUCAAAUUACUGGUAGCAACUGUCAAAACUUUUAAAAGCAAGCAAGCAAGCAAUGAGCUAUUAUUUCAGUGUGACGGCACCAGGGCAGUGCAGUCUGCAUGAAUCAUAAGAGUCCCAGAACCAUAGGGUUUGGAAAGGGACCUGAGGGUCAUCUAGUCCAACCCCCUGCCAUGCAGGAAUCUCAGCUCAACACGACCCCUUUUUCUUUCCUUCCCGCUCCCUCAGGCCUCGCCAACUUCGCUCAAAGGUGCGGCCGUGACGGCGGCCCAGGUGAACGCUGCAGCCACUGCCACCAGCGUAGCCUCCAUCGUCAACUCCAAUGACUCCCCUGCCAGCCGCCAAGCGGCCGCCAAGCUGGCGCUGCGGAAGCAGCUGGAGAAGACGCUGCUGGAGAUCCCUCCGCCCAAGCCGCCGGCCCCUGAGAUGAACUUCCUGCCCAGCGCGGCCAACAACGAGUUCAUCUACCUGGUGGGCUUGGAGGAGGUGGUGCAGAACCUCCUAGAAGCUCAAGGUAAGAAGAGGGAUGUGCACAGACAUUCUCUCCUCCAUCAAAAAUCCUUCUUUUCUCCUUUUUAAACUGGAAUCCAAGGCAUACGUUUAAAGCAGGGUGAUAUCCCUUUAAGCAGCUGUGGUGUCCCCCAAGGGAUUCUGGGAGCUGUAGUUUGAUAAGGGUGCUGAGAGUUGUUGGGAGGACCCCGCCCCCAUUCCCCUCCCAGAAUUCCCUGCGGAGAUGGAAGGAUUGCUAAUCCACUUCAUUUGUUUAGUAAGAAUAAGGGUAGGACUUGAACCAAUGGAUUCAGAUGACUAGAAACGCCACAGCAGGCAGAACAGCCUGAGCCCAAAGAAACCCAGACAUUUCCUUUAAAAUGUAAAACAUGCCUGUAAUGGUUCCAGGGGUUGCUCGUGCGUAAGCCGGUGCUUAUCUCCCCGGCUGGGUGCAAACACCUGGCUGGGUUGCCUAAGUGAACCUUUUCUGUCCGGACAGCCACUCACCUGUGGCUGACUCAAUCGCUGGCAGAAUCCGUCAGUGGGCGUUUCUUAAACUUCUUCCAGCAAAGAAGCUCUUUGACGCCUAGUCUCCUCCUACUCUCUCUGCGCGAAAGCCUUCUGCGCAAGGAGGGCGUGGGCAGCGGAGGACCCCUACUCUCCCCGCUGGUCCCAGGCAAGGAGUCAUGGGACCGCCUUGCCCCUUCCCCCAUCUGCCCCCCUUCUCCACUGGUGCUACGCUGAUUCUCUUCCCCAGAAGAUGGGCUGCUCCUCCCAAUCUCUGGACGCUCUCCGGAAUCCCUCUGGAUUUUGCUCUCUCCCUCCGGCACUGAUGGCAGUUCCCUGACAAUGCCCAUCUGACAUGUUGGGCCUCCAAAAAGAGGACGUGUCUGUCUGGGUUUUCCCAGACGUAUGGUAACCCUACAAAUGACAAUAAAGGAGAGUCCAACUGAACAUUAGGAAGAACUUUCUGAGGGCAAGAGCUGUUCAACAGUGGAACAGACUUUCUCAGAAGGUAGUGGGCUCUCCUUCCUUGAGGCUGUCAAGCAGAGGUUUCUGUCACCUAGGCACCAAAUGUCUCCUUGAACCAAGGUUGCAGUUGCCAGAAAGGAAUGUCCAGUUACCAUUGGGGGGGCAAGACGGCUCUAAAGUCUUAUUUUUCAAAUGUUGGACUGACCAUGAUUGAUUCUUAGUUAAACGUCUGGCUAGUUCAGAUGACAACCUUGAGCCUGGUUAAGAACUUUGAGAACUUAAAGAAGAAUCCAGGGGCAGCCCACAUAUUUAUUGGCCCAUUCCAUCCUGACUGCUCCUGCGCAAUGAAAGCAUUUUCGUUCCCAAAAUGCAUUCUGAUUGUGCAGGUAAAAUAUAACAGAUAGACUUCUACAGGAUGUGGUAUCAGUGUGCGAAAACCGUCCGGGUCCAAGGAUCCCCAGGCAGGCACUUCCAGAUGGUGGAGAGUCAGGUGCCAUCUUAGCGCCUGGGCAUCGCAAGCUGGCGAAUUUCCAACAGGGCUUGGGUGUGCUUUCCAGCUCUGCAAUUCUGUGACCAGCGUGCAUCCCACAACUUUGGGCAAUUGAUGGGUUGGGGGUGGGGAAAGGCUGUCCUGUUUCGUUUUUUCUUCUUCUGGGCUGACUUACUCUGUUUCUCCCUCCCCCUGCAGGCAAGGUUUCUGCUGCCCCUUCCUCUCAGGACCCCUACACAUGCGUCCAGUGCAAGACGGACUUCACCUGCCGGUGGCGGGAGGAGAAGAGCGGCUCCAUCAUGUGCGAGACAUGCAUGUCCUCGAACCAGAAGAAGGCGCUGAAAGCCGAGCACACCAGCCGGCUGAAGGCCGCCUUCGUCAAGGCCCUCCAGCAGGAGCAGGAGAUCGAGCAGCGGAUACUGCAGCAGGCGGCCUCCCCCGUCCAGACCAAACCCGAGCAGAUCGCACAGCAGCAUCACUCGCUCAAGCAGGUGGGGACACGGCACUUUCUCUAGCUUUUAGUUCAUAAGAACCGUAGCAUUGGAAGGGGCCCUGGGGGUCAUCUAGCCCAACCCCCUGCAAUGCGGGAACAGGCGGCUGUUCCUUACAGGAACUGAACCUGCAACCUUGGCGUUACCAGCAGCAUGCUGUAUCCAACUUAGCUUUCCAGUUAGUUUGUUCUGCAGGCCCAAGGGGAGAGCCAUUUCCCCACUUGUGCCAGGUGACAGUGGUAUAAAUAUACAAGAUCGUUGGCCGACCUCACAGGGUUGUUGUGGAGGAUGAGGCCUGGAGGAGGAGAGCCAUGUACUUGGAGCUCUCCUUGGAGAAAAGGUGGGAUAUAUGGUUCCGUGGUCGGGCAGGGCAAUAAAUUGGUAGAUCGUCCAAAACUGGUUUGAAGUCCAUAUGAUAGUGGUUUCAUAAUUUGUGACCGGGCAAUAUAUCACAAAUCAUGGUGUGUGUGCUGUGCAAAAAUCACAAUGUGAAGCCAGCCAAUGCCGCUACCUAGCUCCACAAUAUUUCAGACAUUGUGAUGCAUUGUAUAUGUUUAGCUGGUAAUAUAUCACGAUGUUGCAAACCAGAUAUUGCCCAGCCCUACUCAGUGGUAGAACCACCUGCCUUGCAAGCAAAAGAUCGCAGGUUCAAUCUUUGGUGCUUCCAAACAGGGUUGAGAAGGACUUUAUGCCUGAAUCCCAGGAGUGCUGCUACCAGUCAGUACAGUGGUACCUCUAGUUACGAACUUAAUUUGUUCCGGAGGUCUGUUCUUAACCUGAAACCUGAAACUAGAGGCGUGCUUUCACUAAUGGGGCCUCUUGCUGCCGCUGCACUGCCGGCACACGAUUUCCGUUCUCAUCCUGGGGCAAAGUUCUCAACUCGAGGUACCACUGUACAGACAGUACUGAGCUCGAUGGAGCAGUGGUCUGACUCGGUAGGAGGCAGCUUCCUAUGUUCCAAAUGUAAUAAAAUAAAUAAUAAUAAAAUAAGUUUAUACAAUUUGCAAUCAGAUGAACAGGGGUGGGUCCUAAAAUAGGGAGGGGUGGCUGGGUGUAAUGACUGGCCAGCUAAACCAGGUGAGGGGAGUCAGUGGGUCUCAAACCCACAGUUAGGGGCUUCUCCUGCAUGCGAAGAUCGGCUCCAGUGGAUGGAGCGGAUGAGACCAAGAGGGGUCCAGAAGGUGGUCUCUGCACAUGCUGUGGAGGGAAGUGAGGGGCAGAUGGGGCUCGUCCACCUGGGAAGGGAGCCCAUUAAAUAGAAGAAAGAUCCUUAACCUCUGCUGCCUUGCUGCCUGCCUCUCUCUUUGGGAGAAGAAAAGGCUCGGGAAUAAACCCUACACAAUUCCGAAGUAGAGUCCCUAAAACAGUUGGAUGACGUCUUGUCCGCCUCCUUCUGGCACCACCUGCAGCCCAGCUGGUGUCCACCAUCUUGCUCUGAUUUCCUUUGGACCCCCUCAGAGAGGCCGAGAGGGGGGUCUUGUCAUCUGGGCAGUCCAGGACUUUCAGAUACACUGCCCAGGCUUGCACCCCAGGGAGCUGCUGCUCACCAGUGGUUUGGUUUCACCGCCGGAGGUGCCCACCAUUGUCUCUCGAGACAAUGCCAGCUACAAUAUACCGUAUUUUUUGCUCUAUAAGACGCACCUUUUCCCUCCUAAAAAGUAAGGGGAAAUGUGUGUGUGUCUUAUGGAGAGAAUGCAGGCUGCGCAGCGAUCCCUCUUGCUGUUCUGGCUUCAAAAUUUUUUUUUUCCCUCCUCCAAAAACUUGGUGCGUCUUAUAGAGUGAAAAAUACGGUAAUACACAUGCGCACACCUCUCUUGGGUGCCAAGGACCAGGGGAAAGAGCUGUGUCUUCCAGCAUAUAGUGGAAGUGCUACGUGCACCUCUGUCAUACGGACCAACAGCUUGGUUCGGUUUCAGGCAGCUUCCUCUCUGCCUGUUUAAAACAAUGAGGGCUGGGAUCUUAACUUUGAUUUUAAGGGGAUGACCAUGACUCCGUGCUUGUAGAAGGUCCUAGGACUUGGGUAGGCUGAGUGUUGCCUGGAGCACCACCACUCAGGGCUAGACCACCUGUUAUGCAUGCAGAAGGUCCCAGGUCCGAUCCACAGUAGGGUGGAGAGACACCUGAGUCUGACACCCUGGAGAGAUGCUGCCGGCCCGUGCAGGAAAUACUCCACUAGCCAGCCGCUUGCAGUAUGAGCCCAACCUCCAUCAUCCUUACGGAUCUAGAACAGUGUUUCCCAAACACUGGCUGGUUUGGGACUACAAUUCCCAUCAUCCCUGAGCACUAGGGUGAUGGGGGUUGUAGUCCAAAAACAGCCAGGGACCCGAGUUUCCCAGAGUUCUCACAUGGGCACAGAGCGGGACUUUUGCUCCGGCCUCUCUCACCUUCCUCCUCUCUUCCCCUUUUCCCUCUCCCAGGCCUCCAGCCAGCUUCCCCGCAGCGCCAGCACCCCCCGCGGAGUGUUGCAUGCAUUUAGCCCGUCGCCCAAGUUGCAGAACGCCGCCUCCAGUGUGGCCGCGCUUGGCGGCAGGCAAGGUAAGCGUGCUCAGAGACCCGCCGGCAAAGGAAGUGCUUGCACUUGGAAGAAGACUCUCGUCAACGCAGGUAGACAACUCGCUCUCGAGAACACUCUUAAAAACAAAUAUUUGCCCUCGCUGGCUGAGCUCCCUUGCCCAGCCAGCCAACAGAGCAAGGCUGGCUCUUCUCUUCUCUUCUCUUCUCUUCUCCUGGGUGAAAAGGGUGCUUCUCUAUUCCUUUAAUUAGAAUUAUUACUUCUCCCUCCGUCUUCCCCUCCCUCUUCUUUCGUGCCUUUUGCAAAGCAUUCUGGGACUCCAAACCGCCUUGCAGAAUUUCCCUCCUGGGACGCUUUCUCUCUCUUUCGGUGGCUUCUCAGGGCCCUGCUUUUAAAACUUUGAUUUAUGAUUGUUUGUGUUUUUUGUAGAGUUGGGAGGGAGCCCAAAGGGUCACGUAGCCCAAACCCCUGCAGUGCAGGAAUGCAAUUUUUAAUUGAUUGGUUCACAUUUGCAUAUGGAUGAAAAGAAUCUCAUUGUCUUUUGGGAGGCUUGUGGUGGGGGGAGAGGCUGUAGCUCAGCGGCAAAGGGAUAAUACGACAAUUCAUAAUCAUAAUAAUAAUUUAUUAUUUAUACCCCGCCCAUCUGGCUGGGCUUCCCCAGCCACUCUGGGCAGCUUCCAACAAAAUAUUAAAAUACAGUAAUGCAUCCAACAUUAAAAACUUCCCUAAACAGGGCUACCUUCAGAUGUUUUUUAAAAGUCAGGUAGUUGUUUAUCUCUUUGACAUCUGAUGGGAGGGCGUUCUACAUGGCAGGUGCCACCACCAAGAAGUCCCUCUGCCUGGUUCCCUGUAACCUCACUUCUUGCAGUGAGGGAACCGCCAGAAGGCCCUCGGUGCUGGACCUCAGUGUCUGGGCAGAAAGAUGGGGGUGGAGACCAUGUUAGUGGUUUCUUUAAAAACCACAGACUCAAAAGGUUUGUGCUUUUUCACAUUGCCAGCAUAAAUGAUAAAGGAUCAGCAGUAACUGAUCCUUUUGAUACCUUGCAUUCUGCCCCUCCCCCCAUGUUUUUUAAUAGAAUAGCAGAAUUGUAGAGCUGAAAAGGACCCCGAGGGUCAUCUUGUCCAACCCCUGCAAUGCAGGAAUCUUUCUCGAGGUGGGGCUCAAGCCUCCGACCCUGAGGUUAAGAGUCUUUAAUAGUCUCGUGCUCUACCGACUGAGCUUUGCCUCCAAAACCAUCCACACGCUCCGGCAGAGUUUGCCAUUAGCGGGAACGAUUGUCAGUUACCACGUACCCUGUAUGUGCAGACCUGUGCUGUGCCACACACACACACACACACACACACGCCCUGACCCCCUCUUUCCUUUCUUUCUUCCCUCCCUCCAGGUGGGACGCUGAACUUUGUCAACCCCAGUCUCGCUGUGCAUAAAACUGCCGCCUCGGCUGUGGACCGCCAGCGUGAGUACCUCCUAGACAUGAUCCCCCCGCGAUCCAUCUCUCAGUCUGCCACGUGGAAAUAA